AUGCGGGACCUGACAAGGAACCCCGCCAAACAGGGAGGAAUUCAUCACCACCAACAAGAAUCGAAUCCCCCCCAGAACAACCUCCUCGACCUCUUCAGCCUAAAAGGCAAGACAGUCGUCAUCACAGGCGCCUCCGGGCCCCGCGGCAUGGGCAUCGAAGCCGCCCGGGGCUGCGCCGAAGUCGGCGCCAACGUCGCCCUCACCUACGCCUCGCGCCCGCAAGGCGGCGAGAAGAACGCAGCAGACAUCAGCAAAGACUACGGCGUCAAGGCCAAGGCCUACAAGUGCGACGUGGGCGACUUCGACAGCGUGCAGAAACUCGUCGAUGACGUCAUCAAGGAGUUCGGCCAGAUCGACGCCUUCAUCGCCAACGCCGGCAAGACCGCCAACUCGGGCAUCCUCGACGGCUCCGUCGAGGACUGGAUGGAGGUCAUCCAGACCGAUCUGACGGGUACCUUCCACUGCGCUAAGGCGGUCGGCCCGCACUUUAAGAAGCGUGGGACUGGGUCGCUGGUUAUUACGGCUUCGAUGUCCGGGCACAUUGUGAACUUCCCGCAGGAGCAGACGAGCUAUAAUGUUGCUAAGGCCGGGUGUAUCCACAUGGCGCGCUCGUUGGCGAACGAGUGGCGUGACUUUGCUCGUGUCAACUCUAUCUCGCCGGGUUAUAUCGAUACGGGGCUGAGUGACUUUGUGGAUCAGAAGACUCAGGAUCUGUGGAACAGUAUGAUCCCUAUGGGUCGCAGUGGUGAUGCGAAGGAGCUGAAGGGUGCGUAUGUGUAUCUGGUUAGCGAUGCUAGCACCUACACGACGGGCGCCGAUAUCUGCAUUGACGGCGGGUACUGCGUGCGGUAA